AUGGAAGUGAAGGCCCAGCACGGAGUCGCUCUUUUUCACCGCGCUCACUGCGGUCCUCGCUGCGGUGGUAGGAGCCAACUCUGCCAAGCCAUAUACUACUUGGCUGUAGACGUUGCAGACAGAUGGACAGGAGCGUUGAUGAGGAUAAGAUUUCCCGAAAAGGAUGGCAACAAAUCUCUGUAUACGCAAAGUGGCAGGAAGACCUGGACAAGGUUUGGGGACGGCGGCACCGUGGGCGCCUUGACAGCAUCGCUUUCCGCGCUUCAAGCAUUUGCUCUCUACUUCCCCAACAUCAUUAUCUUCCUUGGCCUAGAAAAUCCGACACAUGAGCGAGAAGGAGCCGUGCGUCUGACGACCGGACAAAUUGCACCAUCAAGGGGAUCACCGUUCCAAGACCACCAGCUAUGUCAUUUCCCCUCAGUGAUGUUCCGUUCCACCUCAUCCCAGACCCGAGAGGAUUCUCUUGACCUCGCUCGGGGGAGUCGAAUCCGUGGCCAAACAAGAGGCCAGAGAAGGCUCGAACCCGCAAAAACUGACGUCGAAUGA